AUGUCGCAGACCAGCGUGUUGUCAUCAUCUGGUGAUUGCGACAGAGCGGGCCUUGAAGGAAUAAAUUUGAACGCUCAAUUUGCGGUGACGACCGACCCCAAGGUGGAGGAGAUAGCCUCCAUUCUGCCGUCUACCAAACAAAGAGGCGGCUACACCCCGGCGGAGACGACACUCGUGUGUCGUUUGUAUGCGGAGGCCACAUGCAACUCGAUCAAAGGCGCUGACCAAAAAGGAGCAUGCUAUUGGGGCGAUAUCCUCAUGAAAUACAAUGCUCAACAGCCCCCAGGCACGAUCCAACGCGAUGUGAGGCAAAUAAAGUCUCACUUUCAACGCGUCCAAAAGGACGUGAAGUUGUGGGAAGCCAUCUACGACAAGUGUUGGGAAAAUUGGGGCUCCGGCAUGAGCUACGAGCAAAUCACCACCCAAGCAACACAAAUGUAUGCUUUCGAGCACGAGUGUAUAUUCAAGUAUCCUCAUGCGUGGCAUGUGCUUCACGAAUGUCAAAAAUUCGUGACGAUUGGCGAGGAUGUUCACUCCUCCAAACAGUUAAAGGUCUCGGAUGGUCGCCAUACGACCACCUCUAGCGAGCCAAGUAUCUACACAAGGCCCCAAUGCCAAAAGGAGGCGAAGAAAGAUAAAGGGAAGAAGAAGACGGAAUCAUCCGACGAGCAAACUUAG